AUGAGCCCGCUCUCGCAGAGGGCGAUGGAGCCCACGAAGGCUGCGUUCGGCAAGGCGUUCUGGGAUCAGGAGGCGGAGAGCGCGGCGGCUCUGGACGGGCACGUUCGCGUGCACCAGAGCCACGCGCCCCCGUUCUCGCUCGCCAUGCCCUCGGGUCUCGCGCGCUCGCAGCAGCUCUACAUGAUGCAGCGGUUCCUCAACAUCCCCGCCACGCCGUCCUACGUCAAGGCUGAGGACGGCAUGGUGCUCGACCGCGUCAUCGCCAACGUCGGGGGCCGCACCUGGUGGCACACGCUCACGCUGCGGCUCAGGGCGCAGCGCGCGUGGAACUCGCAGUCCUUCAACGAGGGCAGACCCCACCGCAUCCUCGGCGACCCUUCGCUCUACGCGCUGGGAGGCAGGUUCAGGGCCGGGUUCUCCAGGCACACCGUGCUCAAGGCGUUCGGCGAGCUCGGAUCGCUAAAGGGGCUCCUCGGAAGGUUCGGCGGCUUGCGACGAGCAGAUCCAAACGCGUCCAAUCCCAACGUCACCAACGCCCCCCAGGGCGUCGCAUCCGCCGCCACGAUCGACCCCGACGAGACACCGCGCGGCAGGGUCACCCUUCGGUCCACCGCCAUCCCGUACCACGUCCUCACCGCCGACUGGUCGCGCCGGGAGCGCUUCCAAACGAGCGACGGGUACGAGCAGGGCGCGUCUCACUUCACGCUGUCCUUGGCGUCCAGGGGCCCCCAGCACGUCAACUACAGGGUCGGCGUGAGGCAGUGGCUCGACGAGACCGUGCCGCCGUUCGAGCUGGCGCCGGAAGGGGGCAGGAGGGCGCCGCCGAGGCGAGAGUUUGUCGCGGGCGCCUCCGCGGAGAAGCAGCUCACGCUGUGGCGGGGCGAGGUGAGGCCGCCGGCGGAGGGGAAGCGGCCCGGCGGGUACGCCGCGCUGCCCGUCAAACCGUGCGUCACGAUCGGCGGCAUCCUGGGCGCCAUCUGCCGCGUUCCGAUGGGCAACAGCGAACCUGGGUGGAAGUCCGGCGAGGGGGAGUGGCGGCAGGUGUGCAGCGGCACGGCGCACGUCUCCUUUGGCUCGUUUCAGCGCCCAAUGUUCGACUACACGUCGGUGGAUCUCAGGUACGACGCCGGCGCCAUCGCGCCCAGGCGUCCCCUCGCGGAGCGCCCCGCGCACGAGCUCACCGUCGUCGAACGCGCCCUCGAGAGCAGCGGCGUUCGCGUCGAGUCGGAGACGGUGACGCUCGCCGCGACGCAGCAGAUCCUCGGGCCGCUGCGGGGUCGGCUCGAGGUUCGGUGCCACCCGCGAGCGCUGGUUCGCGCGACGCAGCUGGGGUGGAACUCGUUCAAGACGCCGCGGAAGGAGAGCGACGGGGAGGGCGGGGAGGUGUACAGCGGUCGGUUCGGGAGCGCGUGGCACAGCGUCAAGGGGGAGAUGAGCGCCGCGGAGGUCAUCUACGGGGUGGACUGCCCGCUGCCCCCCGCGCUCGGCGCCGCUCGGCUGGUGGCUUGGUACAACGUGACCCGAGCGGAGGCCAUGGCGGAGAUGCGCCUGUUCGACCUGUGA